AUGCUGCGUUCACCAUCCAAGCCAUUCUCAUCUAACCCAGAUUUGAGCAUAGAAAAUGAUGCAUUACAAAAUGUGUCACUGCGGAAACGCAAACAACCUGACUGUGAGUUAACGGAAUCUUUUAAGCAAUUUACACAUAUGAUGCAAAAUAUGCUCAAAGAUUUGAGAGAAGAUUUAAAUAAUAAAAUAUCAAGCAUUAGUGAGAAUAUCGAUUUAAUGCGGUCCGACUUGGAUACUCUAUCUGUCACCACGAAGGAUAUAAAGGGUGAACUUGCGUCUCUGCGUCAUGACCAGACUAAUUUAAAACAGAAAUUACACCUAAUAGAGAACAAGCAUGAUAACUUACAAAAAGAUGUAUUGGAGAUCCAAAAUGCACUGGACUUUAAUUGUGUCAUGAAUGACAAAUUGGGACAACGCGUUGGAAAGCUAGAGACCGAUUGUGUAAAAAAUAAUAAAACCGUCGAAAUUAUAUCUUCUCUUAAGUCGAAGAUUGAAGCUUUGGAGCAGCAUGCUAGGAGCUGUAACAUUGAGAUAUGUGGUGUCCCAGAAAAAGGGAUGAAAACUUGA